AAGCGGAACAAGCGAUUAGCGGUAGCGAUGGCAUGGUCGUACUCGACCUGUCCAGGUUGAAGCACGGGAAUGUUCUGAGAUCGAAAGAAUUUGAUAGCUUGCUCCAUGAUCUUGAUGCUUUUUCGAUAGAUGAGGCGAGGCGCUGGAUAAGGGGUAGCUCAAAAUCGAGUCGGCACAGCCCUUUUUGA